UCCCCGUGUGGCAGGAAGUGGGGGUGGGGAUGGGGGGUGUCCUUGCCCCGCUCCCCUCACCCCCACCUUGGCCCGGAGGCUGAGCGAAGUGUAUUUACAGGACCGUGACCUCUACCAAAAACUCACAGUGACCCGGGUGCACGCACUUGGGAGCCUGGCGUUGAGCGCCGUGACUGGCCCCAAUAAGUGGUCUUUCUUUCUCCGUCGUAGGCUGGCUGUGACGGGGAGAGCAUUGGAAACUGCCCGUUUUCCCAGCGCCUCUUUAUGAUUCUCUGGCUGAAGGGCGUUAUAUUUAAUGUGACAACGGUGGACUUGAAAAGAAAACCUGCAGACCUGCAGAACCUCGCUCCCGGAACGAACCCCCCUUUCAUGACCUUCGAUGGUGAAGUGGAGACGGACGUGAACAAGAUCGCGGAGUUCCUGGAGGAGAGAUUGGCCCCCCCGAGGUACCCUAAGCUGGGGACCCAACACCCUGAAUCUAACUCUGCCGGAAAUGACGUGUUUGCCAAAUUCUCAGCGUUCAUAAAAAACACCAACAAGGAUGCAAAUGAGAUCUACGAGAAGCAGCUGCUCAGGGCCCUGAAGAAGCUGGACGACUACCUCACGAGCCCCCUGCCCGACGAGAUCGACGCCGGCGGCGCCGAGGAGGCGGCCGUUUCGGGGAGGAAGUUCCUGGACGGGAACGAGCUCACGCUGGCCGACUGCAACCUCCUCCCGAAGCUCCACAUCAUCAAGAUCGUGGCCAAGAGAUACCGAGAUUUUGAGUUUCCCCCCGAGAUGACGGGCAUCUGGAGGUACCUGAGCAACGCCUACGCCCGGGACGAGUUCACGAACACGUGCCCGGCCGACCAGGAGAUCGAACGCGCCUACUCAGCUGUGGCGAAAAGAAUGAAGUGAGGCGGGGCUUCCUGCGCGUUCCCGGCCGCGAGCCGGGCUGGGGAAGAGCGCCCUCCGUGUUUCCCGCAGUAGCCCUCCCUGGCGAAGGCACGCUCGCGCGUCAUUAACGCCGCCUCCCAGGGGAUCCACCGACAGCACGCGGCUCGAGGCCUUGUGACACCGCGUCCCGUCGUCCACACCGAUGCGCCAGGUCAUCCUCACCGAUGUCUGACUUUCACUGACGCUGUGACAUUCAGGGCCUGUGCUUUGCAGUUUAAGUUUCAAAGCAAAUUAGGUUUGGGUUCAGUUCCUCCUUCGAUUUAAAAAAAAUUUGCCUGCCUCUGAUUGUUCUCAUAAUCAUGGUUAGCUCGCUUUUCGCCUCUAAAAUAGGUUUGUAAUUUUUUUCAGGAUGAAAAGGCUGUUUUUGUAAUUAUAAAAUAAUGCGUGGCUAUGUUAACGAUGCCAGAGUCUGAAGGUGGGAGAAAAGGGUCACCUGAAAUUUCACUGCCCUUAGAUAAUUGGGGACCACUUACUGGUGCAUCUCUUCCAGAUCUCCCCUCCCCCCCCCAAUUUCACUCCUCCGUGGUGUUGCAUUGCUGUAUUUUGAAGGACUGGUGGGGGACCUCUUGGUGAUGCCUCGAUGAGCACUGUGAGGACCUAGAACAAACAGACAGAUCUGGCCCCGCAGGGCCAGAGAGGAUGCUUGCAAUCGGGUUUCUCAGGGGUGGGGCACCGUGGAGUCCACAGAUGGGCAGGGACCAGCAGGGACCAGAGGCUGUGGGUGGCCCCACCGUGCCUCUGCCCACCUGGGUGAUGCCACUGCCUCUGGCUCUGGGGGGGCCGUGGAGAAGUGCCGCCCGCGUCUCUCACGCCAGCCUCCCCUCCCGCGUCUUCUCUCGCUCCCGCCCUUUGCACGGGGGCCCCGCGCUCAGGAGGACUCUGCGUCAGCUGCAGGUUGGAGAACCUCCCUGCUGGGCUGGAAGGUGGAUGGAGCCCCCCUAGAUCUCGCCUAACGGCCGCUCCCUCUCUUGGCCCCAGCGGUGCACCCGUCGGGCGACGCCGGAGGGUGCGGCCGGCCUGGUUCUUGCUUCUUUUCUGCCCUUUAUCACGUCAUUUCGAGGCCAGGAAGGGAAAAUCCAGAGAUUAAAUUCACGGUGACUGCUCCGGCAGUUCUGGUAACCGGUCGGGUGGGGAGGAAGCGGGAACUGCUGACUCGGCAGAGUUUUCUGGUGUAUCCGUGGCCCCCCCACCGCCCCGCAGCCGGCCCCUCAGCAGCAGCGGGGGGUGGGCUGGGCGCCGGGCCCCAGCGCGAGGCAUGG